GCCAUGUUGUUGAAAGCUGGCUCCUCCAGCAGCAGCAGCGCUGUCAGCUAACGGCAGUGGACACCAACAACCGGGCACGGCGCUGUUGUGGACGACAGACUGCGAGAGGAACCCAAACCCCGAGCCGGUGCCCUGAUACCUGCGGAUAUAGUCACUACAUGAACCGCUUCUGAUUGGAAAGAGUGAGCGGCUUCAGAGACGAGGAGCGGCCGGAGAGCUGCGGGCUGAAGCGGAGAUUUCCAGGAUAUCGUAUUAUGCCAAAUAUGACGGCCAGUUAGCCCCAGCAGGACCGUCCGAGUCAGGCAUGGCAUCGUCUUCCUACCUGGAGCCCAGCCUCAAUCAUUCAGCAGCGGGUGGUUGUGGGGUUAAAUCCCGGCCUGGGAUGCCUGGAGCUCCCGGCACCAGUGGUUCUGCUGGAGGUCUGGAGCGGCCUCCAGGGUCCAUGGACCGUGUACUUAAAAUCUUCCAUUACUUUGAGACAAACAAUGAACCAAGCACCUGGGCAAGUAACAUCAGGCAUGGAGAUGCGACAGAUGUCAGAGGUGUUAUCCAGAAGAUAGCAGAGAUCCAUAAGUUACGCUGUGUGUCCUCUUUGGGCCUCCGUUUGACCCAUCUGCACUCUGACGCGCUCCACUGGUUACAUCCAGACCUGGGCGUGUCCCAUGUCAGGGAGAGGUACGAGAAGCAGCAUCCACAAGAAGAGUGGCGGUAUGAGCUCCGGAUACGAUACUUUCCUAAAGGUUAUCUUAGCCAUUUCUCUGAAGACAAACCUUCUCUCAACUACCUCUAUCACCAGGUGAAAAGUGAUUAUAUGCAACAUUUAGCCGACCAUGUGGAUCAAGAUGUUGCACUGAAACUAGGCUGUUUAGAAAUAAGGAGGUUCUUUAGAGAGAUGCCGGGCAAUGCUCUUGAUAAGAAAUCAAACUAUGAGCUACUAGAAAAAGAUGUGGGUUUGAGAAGGUUCUUCCCUAAAAGCCUGUUGGACUCCUUAAAGGCAAAGACCCUUCGUAAGCAGAUCCAGCAGACGUUUAAACAGUUUGCUAACCUCAACGAUGAGCAGAGCAUCCACAAGUUCUUUGAGAUAAUCACUCCCAUCUACCCCUUUGACAAGGAGUGCUUUAAAUGCGCUUUAGGGUCUAGUUGGGUAAUAUCAGUAGAGCUGGCAAUAGGACCAGAGGAAGGAAUCAGCUACCUCACAGAUAAGGGCUCAACUCCAACACACUUAGCUAAUUUUAACCAAGUCCAGUCAAUCCAAUACUCCGCUUUGGAGGAAAAGGACAGGAAAGGGAUGAUUCAGCUAAAUGUCGCUGGAGCUCCAGAGCCCCUCACUGUCACUACAGCUUUGCUGAACACAGCAGAAAACAUGGCUGACUUGAUUGACGGCUACUGUCGUCUCGUCUCUGCGGUCACUCGCUCCUUCAUUGUCAGAGUCCAUAAAGAGGGAGACAGAGCUCUGCCUUCAAUACCUAAAGUUUCCAAUCAUGAGAAGCGGAUGGAGAAGCGGAUGGACGGAGUACGCACCCGGGCCGUUUGUGUGUCAGGUCACGUUAGUGGCGAUGAAACAGAUGACUAUGCUGAGAUCAUAGAUGAGGAGGACACCUACACCAUGCCUUCAAAAUACUAUGGACUAGAUCAAGCUCGGGACUAUGAGAUUCAGCGGGAUUGCAUUGAGUUGGGGCGCUGCAUCGGUGAGGGUCAGUUCGGAGACGUCCAUCAAGGAGUCUACAUCAGCCAAGAGAACCCAGCGUUAUCUGUGGCAGUGAAGACGUGUAAAAACUCCACAUCAGACAGUGUCAGGGAAAAAUUUCUGCAGGAAGCAUUGACAAUGCGUCAGUUUGACCAUCCUCACAUAGUGAAGCUGAUGGGAGUCAUCACAGAGAAUCCAGUGUGGAUCAUCAUGGAGCUCUGCACGCUCGGGGAGUUGAGGUCGUUCCUCCAGGUUAGGAAGUACAGUCUGGAUCUGGCCACUCUCAUCUUGUACUCUUUCCAGCUGAGCACAGCCCUGGCUUACCUGGAGAGCAAACGCUUCGUACACAGGGAUAUUGCAGCACGAAAUGUGUUGGUGUCCACAGUGGACUGUGUAAAACUGGGGGACUUUGGUCUUUCCAGAUACAUGGAGGACAGCUCGUAUUAUAAAGCAUCUAAAGGUAAAUUGCCCAUUAAAUGGAUGGCUCCAGAAUCCAUCAACUUCAGACGGUUCACUACAGCCAGUGAUGUCUGGAUGUUUGGCGUCUGCAUGUGGGAGAUCCUGAUGUACGGCAUCAAGCCUUUCCAGGGCGUGAAGAACAACGACGUCAUUGGCAGGAUAGAGAACGGCGAGCGCCUUGCCAUGCCCCCUCAGUGCCCCCCUACCCUUUACAGCCUAAUGACGAAGUGUUGGUCCUACGAUCCCAGCAAAAGGCCGCGCUUCAAUGAACUUAAAACACAACUCAGCACUAUAUUAGAGGAGGAGAAGAUCCAGCAGAAAGAGAGGAGCAGGAUGGAGAUGAGGCGGCAGGUCACCGUCUCUUGGGACUCAGGAGGGUGUGAUGAAGCUCCACCUAAACCAAGUAGACCAGGCUACCCCAGUCCCCGCUCCAGUGAAGGUUUCUACCCCAGUCCACAGCACCCUGGACACUAUCAGAUGGCAGCAUAUCCAGGCCCACACACCCUCCCCUCUGUUCCCAGCGCCCUGUACCCUCCACAGGCCGCUAUGGUGGACACACACCACGCACACACACACCCUCGCCACCACGUCCACACACACUCACACGCACAGUUGCUUCCUCAGCAGCAUGGGUUGUCCAUGGCACUUGGGGGCUCGGUAGUGGAGGACAGGGCAAUAGACAUGCAGCAGUGUGUAGGCCAGCAGUGCCUGUUAAUGGAGGAGCAGCUGAUGAUACAGCAGCAGCAGAUGGAGGAGGAUCAGAGGUGGCUGGAAGAGGAGGAGAGGCUGCUGAAACCAGACCCAAGGAGCUCUAGAGGAAGCUUGGAAACAGAAGAAAGUGGACUCCAGCCACCAACAGGAAACCAGCACAUUUACCAGCCUGUUGGCAAAUCAGAGCAUGUGGUCCCCCCCAAAAAGCCUCCUCGACCAGGGGCCCAGAGCCAGCUGGGUAGUCUGGCUUGUCUAAACACUGGAGACAGCUACAAUGAUGGCGUCAAGCCUUGGCGGCUGCAGCCUCAGGAGAUAAGCCCUCCCCCCACAGCCAAUCUGGAUCGCUCAAAUGACAAAGUGUAUGAGAAUGUGACAGGUUUGGUCAAAGCUGUGAUUGAGAUGUCGAGCAAGAUUCAGCCGGCUCCUCCAGAAGAAUAUGUCCCAAUGGUCAAGGAUGUGGGUCUAGCUCUGAGGACGUUAUUAGCCACGGUCGACGAGACUCUACCUCAACUUCCAGCCAGCACGCACAGAGAGAUCGAGAUGGCCCAGAAGCUGCUGAACUCUGACCUGGCAGAGCUGAUUGGAAAGAUGAAGUUAGCCCAACAAUAUGUGAUGACGAGUCUUCAGCAAGAUUACAAGAAGCAGAUGCUGACGGCGGCUCACGCUCUCGCCGUCGAUGCCAAGAACCUGUUGGACGUCAUCGACCAGUCGCGGCUGAGGAUGAUGGCCCACUCCCGCCCCCACUAGCCCCCCUCUACAGGAGACCGAGUGCCUCUCGGGUCUCUGUCGGAUAUCUAAAGACUCAUGGAUACCUUAAGAGUGUCAGUGGUCAGAGGAGACAGGUUCAGCAGCUCAUGCACCAAUGGAGCAAGCAGUGAGCUGCAGUCUGGUUCAGUAACUUUCUUCAACUUUACUUAAACCACUGUGACUUUAUUUAAUGAAAGAUCAGAGCAAAAACACCUGAAUCAGAAGCCUGGCUGCUCCCCUGGCAGAGAGAAUGACAUGAGUUGAUUUUUAAACGGGAUCUGAAGGUUAAAUAGAUAUAAAGCUUAUUAUGAUAUCAAACACUAUCGUGGGAAUGGAUAGAGCUGCUGACAUCAGGGGGGUGGAUUAGACUGUGAUUAUACUGAAACAUAUCUCUGUGAAACAUAACAGAGGAAGUGACCAUCAGCCAGCAGCUGUCUGUUUUGUUGAGGUUGAUCAUAGGUUUUGAACUCUUCAAUCAACUGAAACAGGAACCUGGCAGAUCAGACCUCGAUUCCUUUGUGUUCCGAUCCCAUUGCAGACGUUUGCUUUCUACGGAUGUUACUACAGCACAGAGUGCGUUUCCUCUGGAACUGCAGCCUUUAGGCUUCUCCUGUGUUUCCUCUGUCUCACCAGCUUUUAUUUAUAGAACUCUAAUGACAGAGGAGACAGAGGGAGGAUCGGGAAUCUUAACAUUCAGGACUUUCUGCAGAACGCUCUCUGUCCUCUGCUUCUCUCCGGUCUUCCUGCGCUCCUCUCUGAGCUGGUUCUAAAGACUCUUAAUGUGAAGAAUUCAAAUCUGUCAGGGUAACACCCAACCACUGGCAAGACACAUUCAGCUUCCCAGUUUAGUCUGUUCUUUUUGCUGGCUGGCUCCAUGUUUUUUUUGUAUUGUUUUUAGCAGUGACCGUCUUCUUCCUGUAUCUUCAAACUCAGGAAAGAGGACUUCUACUUGGACUAUUUAUGUAAGUAAGGCAUCUAUUCCUCUGAUAUUUACUCCCAAUAUGUCUGUCCCUCUCAGAAAAACUGGUCCAAAACCCCCUUCAGAGGCACUACACCUGCACUUUGCUGGGCCAAAACCAAACCCACACCUGGAACCUGUGUGAAUCCCUCGUUUAUGUCAGAUGCAACACUUAAAAAAAAAAAAAAUGUCCCUCCUAGCAACAGUCUCCAAGAAAACAAACAAACAAAACCAGGAGAAAAUGCGGACUGGAACUUGUUCUGCUGUGACAUACAUCUAUAUGAAACACCCUGGCCACCGUACUGGUGUAGCAUGAUAUACUGGUAAGGAGAAGAGCAUAUUUGCACAGCACCUAAAAAAAAAAAAAA